AGUUUUCUAGGCAGGUGUGGACCGCUCUCUGACUUUUCGCCGCUCUCUGACUUUUCACAAUCUCUCAUAACGUUUUGUCUCGGACUCACUGCCCAUAAUGGCCUCCCAACUCCUCAUACGUGUGGUGGUGUACGCCGCGAUGCUGAUGGCGUGUCUCCAGCCCACCACGGGUGCGGGGCUGUGGGCCAAGGCGUUCUCCGUGCUCCUGGCGUCCGUGCUGGCCUGGACGGUCUGCAGGUUCCUGCCCGUCACGGAGGUGGACGGGAAGGGCAAGGCGGUGCUGGUGACGGGGUGCGACACCGGGUUCGGGAAGGAGGUGUCCCGGGUCCUGCACGACAGGGGCUUCACGGUGUUCGCAGGGUGUGUUCUCAAGGACAAGGGUGGAGAAGGUGCCCGUGAGCUGGCUGCUGUAGGGUCUCCCCGUCUCCAUGUACUACAGAUGGACGUCACCAGUGACGACAGUCUGUGGAAGGCUCGGCAGUACAUGGAAGAGAACUUACCAGACAAGGACGCAGGCUUGUGGGCCAUUGUGAACAAUGCGGGCACGUCCACCUAUGGUCUGGUGGAGUGGUGUCCCAUAGAGACCUACAAACGGGUGGCGGAGGUCAACCUGUGGGGCACGGUCAGGGUCACCAAAGUCUUCCUGCCACUUGUACGGAAAGCGAAAGGACGAGUGAUUAACAUUGCCAGUGGGCUGGGUCGCAGCUGUGCCCCGUCCCGCUCGGCGUACGGCAUCACUAAGUACGGGGUGGAGAGCUUCUCGGACGUCCUGAGGUACGAGAUGAAACGGUGGGGCGUGGACGUCAGCAUCAUCGAGCCAGGAAACUUCAUCAGCGCCACCAACAUCUUCAACAAGCAGGGCAUAGAGAGGACUGCUAAGGAACUUUGGGACGGCAUGACAGAUGAAGUGAAGGAAGCCUAUGGUAAGAAAGCCCUGGAUGACUACAAACUCCUGAUGCACCAGUACGCCACCGAGGGCAGCCGGGACACCUCACCUGUGGUGGACGCCAUGGUGGCAGCUGUGGUUGCUGUCAGCCCCAAAGUGCGGUAUAAACCCAUGCAGUUCUACUGGCAUGUUAAAACUUUUGUCAUGACACAUCUACCAGAGUGGAUCGCAGACAACAUAUACAUCUACUGAAAGCAUUCAAAAACCUUACUGAUGUUAUUUGUUCCAAAAGAAGGCA